AACAAAUCUAGGCAUAUAGCAGUCCACACAUUAGAAGCUUAUAGUGUCGCCUACCCAAUUGAUAAGUCAGUCACUUCCAGAUAAUGGCAUAUCCUUAUCGCCCGAAGUUCUUUUUUAAAUACCCGGAGUAUAUCCCUCCGACUGACGAGCAGGACGCGCAAAUCGACCCGCGUGAAAAGCUCAAGCCAGCCUGCGAGGAGAAGUGCAAGAACUUCACCAAGCUAUACAAUGAAUGUGCUGAACGCGUGAAACACAGAAAUGAGGUGUACCGCAAGGCUGCUGCAGAGGGACGCGGACUAGAAGUCCAGGGACCAGGACAAUGCCUGGGACAACACUAUGAUCUAGUGAGCUGCGUGGACAACUGCGUGGCAAAGGAUCUAUUCAGAUACCUAGUGUAACUGUAAACGCCAACAUAACAUUGUACUAAAUGUCUUUUAGAGGGUCCCUGU